UCGGGAUUAUCGGUUGUAACAGGCCUUAUCCUGAAAUAAGUCACCUCUCUUCUCGUGUGUGUCAGUGUGUGUGUGUGCGCUCGUUAUGUACAAAGUCAAUGGGAGAUGAAAGAAGCCACCGGUGCAGCUGACGAAAUGAACGGCAGUGAAUAGGGGCGACCUAAACCAUCAAUACCGGCCAGGCUGUGCUUUUUUGUUUUUGUCGGACACGUUUUCACCAACUAAGUGGCUAUUUUGAAUACGUAUCAUCGUUUAUCAACCUCCGUGAAAACAGCAGCAACAGCAACAAUAACAACAGAUUGUUUGUAGAUUUGAGGUCCAGGCUCAAGACCAAUAAGUGAUCAGAAUGGACGUCACAUCGAAAUUUGAAGAUGAUGACAGUGUUCAGAAGCUCUUCACGUCAUCAGAGAGAUCAGAGCAAUACAAGACGUGGCAGCUAUACGUGUUGAAAAGAAACAACUCUUGUCGUAUUCUUGAUGCGGCAUGCGGGAAAGGUGAAGACUCCAUAUUCCUCAUCGAACAAGGGAUGGAGGUAGUAAGUAGUGAUGUCUCAGAAACGCUUCUAAAUUACGCAAAAUUGGAAAGAGAUCGACGUCAGCUAAAAAACUGGGAAAUUAAACAGGCAAACUGGCUCUCUCUGACCGAGGACCUAUCAAAAUACGGACUAUUUGAUGCUGUAUUCUGCAUAGGAAACUCUUUGUUGUCUUUCCUCGACUCAUCGCCAAACUUCGAUCAGUAUCGGCAAUGCUUCGAGAAUUUCAAAUCGAUGCUCAAGCCUGGAGGAAUUCUCGUCCUAGAUCACAGGAAUAUGGACGUCAUAAUGGAUCAUGGCCAACCAAUCAACAAGAAUAUAUACUAUGAGCAAAACGCUAUCGGCGGACUGACUGCUACUAUAACUCCUGGAAAACCUGAUGUAGUGAAUGUGACGUACGACAUGUUACACUGUGGGCAAGAUGCCAAGUCAGACAAGAUCAUUCACAAAGUAACUGUGCCUCUGCAGGCUAUCCGUACCCAGCUGGUAACUUAAGUGCUCUGUGAUGUAUUUGGAGAUAAUUGCAAUCACGCCCUCUACAUGGAUCUAAAGACUGGUGGCUCUUCUUCUGACACUGCUUAUUUCCAGCACGUUGUGGUUAAACAAGAGUGAUAUGAAUUAAACACCAUUACGUGUAGAAGAAAAUCGAGGAGGGUAUUUCACGAGAAGUACAACUAUCCAGGAAGACGAAAACCCCAAGAAGAACUAACUCACUACGGUAACUCCGUUCGUCGGAAGACAAUUCGGACUUUUUCGCAUUUACUACUGGGAAACUCUCCAAUACAAACAUUCUUUUGGAAAUGAAAGCCACAUGACAACGAAGAGCAAAGAGGCUUUUGUCGAAAGUUGAUGGUCUGGGACAGCAUCGGAAUCUCUUGACUCUGGAUAAUGACAUAAUUGCAAUUGUUCGUCCGGUGCAAAUCUUCGUAUGACCUGCUGUCCAGCUCCACCAAUUUUCGAUAUAAGCCUCUCAGCUCUCCCUUGUGAUUUUAAUUACAUUUUCAAAGUAAUCGCUGUUUUGUAGAGAAUGUAAAAAAACUCUUUAUGUCCCAUGCAAUGCAGGCAUGAAUCCGGGGGGGGGGGGAUUGACACACCCUGUAAAAUUGUAACUAAAGAAAAAGGAUAAUCUAAAGUUCCAUUACUCGGGAGAGAUGACUUUUUUUCUGGAGACCAAAUGCCAUUAGUGAAAAACCUCUUUUUGCGUUCAAAGGAGUGAUUAAAUUAUUCCCAUUGCUAAAUCACGUGUAAACAGUAAUCAUAACAUGCCUCAAUAAAGGGUUAACUAUAAGACAAAGAAGAUGAUAAUCGAUAGACGAUAAGAGAAUGUCCUUGCACAUUGUUUAUUACAAAGAAUAUUACUAACGAUGUGUGCGUUUCGUAAGUGAUAAUACUAUAAAAUCGGUUAUUUAUAAUGUUUGGUUUGGUCUUAUUUGCCUUUUACCAUAAUACAUUAUACAAAUAAUGCCUCUUUCAAAGGUAAACUAUAUGUAUUCUCAUCUUUGUCAUAAUGUUGUAAAUCCUGUUAUGUAUAAUCUUUGGUUGGGUUUACAGUAUAGAAAUAACAAAAUGUAUUGCACAACAUUAAAAUUGGAUGGAUAACUCUAUUCAGGGUCAUUUAUAAAAUGACUGCGUUCUUCUAGGCUAGCGCGGAUCUAAGAGCUAACAAUACUAGUAUUUUUCCUGCAAUAUUCUGUCAGUCAUUCCCUUUACACAGCAUAUGCACACCCGAAACUCCCUGGGGAAUGCACACAAUAAUGGACAAGCUACAAUGGUAUCCUACCGGGUACCCAUUUAGCACCAGGGUUGAGGGUUGCAAAGUGUGGAUUGAUGCUUUGCCCAAGGCGUUAGUCUGAGUUUGGAUUCGAACCCACGACCCUGAAAAGCGAAAGUUGGAACCACUACACCACUGCUCUUCCAGUUAUAGACGUAACCAUGGUACAUGUUACUGCGGAUGCCCCAUCAACAUGAUAAAACAUACUUUGAUAAGAAAAUGAUAGCGAAUUGAAUAACAUGACAACAGGGAUGAUGUAGAGAGAUGCAGAAGAAAAAUAAGUACGCCGAGCUUGAAAGGAAUGACUGAAGUAAACCUGGUUUAUACACUUUCUUCCAAGCUUACGGGAAUUUCGAGAGAACGAAGCGAUGAUGGGAAAUCAAGUGUCCCCAAACAAAUCUGACAAAUCUGAUACCCCCACCUCAAAAAAGUUAUCAGACCCCAGCCCUCCUCUCAGAAUAAGAAACGAAUGUAAAAAAAUAUAACGCCAAUUUUCAAUUAGCAUGAUUUAUCCAACUCACACACACACACUCUCAAGGGCAGACAUCUCUCCCCAAAAUUAGGGGAACCGGGUCUGGAAAAUCUUAGAAGCAAAAGCAAAAAAAAAAAAUAGAAAAGAAAAAAAGGUAAUUACCCAAAAGGUCAUUUCGAACAAAAUAAACUUGACGAACAAAAUAAAUUUGACAAGUAAAAAAGAAAAUUAAUCACCCAAAACGUAAGGUCAUCUCGUCCAAAAUAACUGUUAAUUUCGAUUUUUAUGAUGUAUUUCUUUCCAUCAUAAAAGAUCAAAAAUAGUAGGGGGACAUUUGAUAUUGUGUUCCCCCUACUCUUUUGGGUAGGGGGACGCGUCCUCCUUGGGAUGUCAGCCCAUGCUUGCUCUAUACAUCAUUUUGUCAUGAUUGUUUAGAUUUUCCACAUCUCUAUUUCUAAAAAAAAAUGCCUAAAAUUUACUAAAUAUAGGUUUAAAAGCGCAUUUAUCACAGUGGUUAAUAUCCUUCCCAUUUCCUCAUUUUAAAAGAUAAAUACAUAUAGCUACAUGUACAUAAUAAAAAGUAAUGAAUGUUAGAUCCAGAUUCAGAUUCAUUUAUUUACACCUCUUUAAAAUACACAAAAAUACAUAAAUAUAUAAAUACAAACAAAAUUCUUAUACAGGAGAACAAAUAUUGACAAGUAUAAACAGAUAAUAAAAGACAGUAAAAAAAUGAUUUCCACUGUACGUCGGAUGUGGGGGAAGGACAGAAAGCCAUUGGCCUAUCGAGGUCUAUCCCCCUGAUUACCGUUCAACAGGAAAAGGCUUACACAGUUUACAAG